CCAACGAUGCGUUCUUCUCUCUACCUCCUGGCUUUCCUCUACCUGCGCUCCAGGGCAUCAGCUGAGUGGUGUUACCAGAGCCAGAACUGUGAUGACACAUGCAAAGACCCGAGCCGCUGGGCAGCUCUGUUUCCCAGAUGUGGAGGUUUAAGGCAGUCGCCAAUUAACAUCGUGACCAAUAAAGUUCAUUUCAGCAGCGCCCUUCCUCCCUUCAGCUUCAUCGGACACACCGACUUAAUCAACAUCACAGUAGAGAACAAGGGCCACUCUGCUCACUUUGGUUUACCGCAGUCAGUGCGGCUGACAGGAGGAGCUCUGCCGGGUCACUACAGAGCCGCCCAGUUUCACUUCCACUGGGGAGGGACUGGGACACCGGGAUCAGAGCACACCAUUGAUGGAGAAAGAUUCCCCAUGGAGUUGCACAUAGUCCAUAUUAAAGAGCCUUACGGCUCUCUGGAGGAAGCAGAACACGAUAUGGGGGGUAUCGCUCUGCUCGCCCUCUUCUUUGAGGAAACAGCAGAUGAUCAUCCUCAUCUAGAUACAAUAAUUGCUGCUCUGGGUCAAGUGCAAAACAAUGGUAGCAGCACAGUGAUUCCAAACUUUAGACUGAGUUAUAUCAUCCCUCCAGCCACCGAGCUUCACAGUUACUACCGCUAUGUGGGCUCCAUGACAACUCCAGGAUGUGAGCAGGCGGUUGCAUGGACUGUGUUUCAUAGGAUGCUGUCAAUCAGCAGUCGACAGCUGGAUGCCAUACUUAAGCAGUGCAGAUUUUGGACAGGGCAGCCCAUGACCAACAUCUUCAGACCCACGCAGCCUCUGGAUGGCAGAGUAGUUUACAGCUCCAAGUCAGGCGCAGCUCAGAAGAGGGUGAACCAAAUGUGGUUCGUCGUCCUCUCCGCUCUGUUCAUGCCAAUGAUCCUGAUACAUAUUAUUUAGAACAUAUAUUCAUAUAAUAGAAAAAUCAAUUUGUUUCAAAUUACACAGCCUCCAAUAGAUGUUAUGUAAUGAUUCCUAUGACAAGUUUUCCUGUUACUCUUGAAGUAAACAAUUCAUACAGCAUGGUUGUGCCGCCAUCUUCCAGCAAAGGUAUGGUGUAUGUUCGGUGUUUUUAUUUUUGAAUAAAAGAACCGUCAUUUUAUUUCCAUUUUUAGAUUUUAA